AUGAAGCUAUUGUUGAGAACAUGUAUUUUUGUGCAAAGUUUAUUUGUUUUAACGGGAAGUUACAGAAUUUUAGGUGUAUGUCCUAUGACAUCACAUAGUCAUUUUACUUUGGAAUUUAGGUUAUUGAAAGCACUCGCGGAUCGUGGUCAUGAAGUGGUCAGUAUUAAUAGUCAUCCACAGAAAGAGAAAAUUAAAAAUUUUAGGGAUGUGUCUGUUAAAGAAAUUGAAAAAUCUGUAAGUGAGUUCAUUGCCGAAAUAUUUGAUUUCCCCAAAAUGCCUUAUAUCUGGCAGCUCUUGCGAAUGGUAGACUACCGUAGAGUCGUGACCACAGCUACAUUUAAAAACAAACAUGUUCAAGAUCUAAUGAAGUCAAAUGAAACAUUUGAUUUGGUGAUAAUGCAUCAUUUCGUCAAUGAUGCUAUGGUUAUUUUCGCACACAAAUUUAAAUGCCCACUAAUAAUUUUAGCUCCUGGACCAGUCACUCCUUUUAACAAUUUUAUGUUCGCCAAUCCCACACCAUCGUCAUACGUGGCGAAUGUGUUAACAUCUUAUGGCUCAGAAAUGAAUUUCUGGGAAAGACUGGAUAAUACAUUCAAAAAUAUACUUGCUGAACUGGUCGUGCAUUACAGAUACCUUCCGUCGCAGGAUGCCAUUUUAAAGGAUGCCUUUUCUGAUUCCCCACCAUUAUCUUCUAUAAUUUACAACGCCAGCUUAAUGCUUGUUGUCACAAACCCCAGUUUAGACGACCCAGUUCCUCUACAACCGAACAUUAAGGAAAUUGGAGGUUAUCAUAUUUUACCACCGAAACCGCUACCCAAAGAUCUUCAAGAGUUUAUGGACAAUUCAACAGAAGGGGUAGUAUUUUUUUCAAUGGGAUCUAAUAUUAAAAGUUCUGACUUCAGUGUAAAAGCACGUAACGCAGUUUUGAAUGCAUUUUCAAAAAUACCACAAAAGGUUUUAUGGAAAUAUGAAGAAGAUUUAACAGAAAGACCUGCAAAUGUAAAAAUUAUUAGCUGGCUUCCUCAGAAUGACAUAUUAGCACACAACAAUACGAAGGUUUUUAUAUCACACGGUGGAUUACUAGGCACACUAGAAGCUAUUCAUUAUGGUGUACCUAUAUUGGGAGUUCCAGUUUUCUGGGAUCAGGAAAGAAACAUAAAUUCCGUCGUCAAAAAAGGGUUUGGCUUGAAGUUAAUGUAUAACAACCUCGAAGAAAAAGCGUUUGAGGAAUCUCUGAAAGAAAUACUCAAUAAUCCUAAAUAUAUGAAAAAUGCAAAGAAACAAUCAAAAAUAUUGCACGAUCAACCAAUGAAACCAAUGGACGAAGCAAUUUUCUGGUGCGAAUAUGUGAUAAGGCAUCAAGGAGCUCCACAUUUACGCUCAAAGGCUUUGGAUCUCUAUUGGUAUCAGCUGUAUUCCUUAGAUAUUUUUGUAUUUGUUUUUGCAUCUGUUUUUGGUAUUUAUGCUAUUUUAAAAUUAUUUAUCAAGUAUAUUGUAAAAAAUAACAUACAUAUUUAUGAAAAGAAAAAUAAAUGA